AUGGAGACGGUGCUGCUGGAGCAUUUCCCCGAGGGGCUGGACUCCUUCUCCUCGCCCCCCUACUUCGACGAGGAGGAUUUCUUCACGGACCAGUCCUCCCGCGACCCCCUGGAAGCAGACGAGUUCCUGGAGCAGGACGUGGACUUCCUGAGCCACCAGCUGCAGGAGUAUUACCGGGACGGGGGGCAAGGCGAGGGGGGCUACUGCUGCGAGGCGGCGGCCGCCGCGGCCAACUUCUCUUCCUCCUCCUCCCCCUCCUCGCCCAGCUUCCCCUACGAGUGCUGCGGGGCGGCCGCCUCCGAGCUGCUGUCCCCGGGGGGCAGGCUCAAGGCGCUGAGCUCCGCCAAGCGGCGCCGGCGGGUGCGCUCCGAGGCCGAGCUGCAGCAGCUGAGGCAGGCGGCCAACGUGCGGGAGCGCCGGAGGAUGCAGUCCAUCAACGACGCCUUCGAGGGGCUGAGGUCCCACAUCCCCACGCUGCCCUACGAGAAGCGGCUCUCCAAGGUGGACACCCUGCGCCUGGCCAUUGGCUACAUCAACUUCCUGAGCGAGCUGGUGCAGUCGGACCUGCCCCUGCGGAGCGCCAGCAGCGAGAGCCCCAGCCAGCCCAAGAAAGUCAUCAUCUGCCACCGGGGCACAAGAUCACCUUCUCCAAGCGACCCUGAUUAUGGACUGCCUCCUCUUGCUGGACACUCUCUGUCAUGGACUGAUGAGAAGCAACUUAAGGAACAAAACAUUAUUAGAACAGCUAAAGUGUGGACCCCUGAAGACCCCAGAAAACUAAACAACAAAUCUUCUCUAAACAACAUAGAAAACGAACCUCCAUUUGAUUUUGUAUCAUGA